UAUCAGUGUGUGUAAAGUGCCCGUCUUGAAAAGAAAAUAUUAAUUAAGCAUCAUUCGAAGUGUAUUGUGUACACCCACUCGUGUUAGCUGAGAGAACAUGGUGUGAGAGAUUUCCGUGAAGUGACCUCUUGAAAAAGAAUGGCUUAGUCUACACUCGGGACAACUCGAGUAUUAGUUUCUCCCUCUGGUCUAAUAAAGCGAUGAGGCGCGGCGUGAACUGCCAGCUGUAUUUAUAUCCCACGGGUCCUUACAUGGCCGUGUGGCUUGGGAGACAUGCCUGUCGGGUUCGCACACACAAAUGGCAAAUUAUAGGCAGUGCUGUUUUGGCAGUGAGUUGAUGCUGUAUGCUAACUUCUCGCGGGUCUCUCAACGCUAAAGGCAGAAAGCUCCUUCUUUGCAGCUCGGCUCUCUUCCUUUCUGGGGUUUAGGCAGAGCUGAGACGCGGACGACCAGCAAGGACAAGUCGGCUGACGCUCACAUUGUAAGGCAUCGGUUGUGUCCUCGUCAUGGCCUCAUCAACGUCUUCGGCCUCCUACUUCAAGCAGAAGCACCGGCAGUACGACCACCAGUAUCGCUCCAAGCAGCUGCAGUCCGUCCUCCAAGAAUAUGGAGCGGAGAGCGGACAGGCAGAGCGCAGCCGCAAAAAGUUCAUUGUUUAUAUUGAUGGAGGCUCUGGCUUAAGCGACCUGGAUAGUUUAUCGAUCGCAACUUCCCGACAUCCAGCACAUUCGAGCAUUUUGUCAAAGUCUAUGGUUGGAAGUGGAUCGAUCGGUGUUUCGGAACGGAAUGUGGGCUUGAUGCAUCAAGAAGGACGCAGCUCUGCGGCAAGUCACAGUCGAGUGAGCAGCAGCAGCAUGAGCAGCAGUAUGAGCAGCAGCAGGCAAAGCAGCAGCAGCAGCAGCAAAGUGGCAAGCUCUUCCUUUCGCUCGGCAGAAGAGAUCCUGAGCAGCAAACGGCAUGCCACGCGGGACUACUCCGAAAGUGCUGCCAUUAAAAAGGUGCAUGCUGAGUCCGAGUCCUAUCUCAGCCAGGUCAUCGACGGGACAAUGCAUGGAGCCCCGCAGUUCCUUGUGAAGCCACGCUCCCAUUCCGUGUGGGAGAAAUCAAGCACCAGGUUCAUGUGCACCGUGCAAGGCUUUCCCGAACCUUAUGUCAAAUGGUACAAAAACCACGUCCAGAUUGAUCCGCGCUGCAGUGCUGGGAAACAUGAAGUUUAUGGCAACUAUGGUGUGUACACGUUGGAAAUUAACAGAUGCGAUUUGGAUGACACUGCACAGUACGAAGCCUUCGCCAUGAAUGUUAAUGGAGAAGCAUCAACAAUCGCUACGUUGGUCGUUAAAAGAUAUCAAGGAGAAGCUGAACUUGCUCAGCCUGGAUCUGUAUGGCUCCCCAUUCAUAUUCCGCCCCUUCCGCCCCUUCCCUACACCAAAGUCGACAUCACAAUCUUCGACAAGUUUGACGUCUCUUUUGGGCAAGAGGGUGAGGGAGUCACGCUGAGUUGCAAGGUGCUUCUGCAUCCGAACCUCAAGCGCUUCCAGCCCGAAAUGCAAUGGUGGCGUGAUGAGGCCCGCGUGGUGGACUCCCAGUGGGCGCAGACGUACUGGAGCGGAGAGAAGGCCACCCUGAGUCUGCCACACCUCCACAAGGACGACGAGGGCCUUUACACCUUGCGCGUCGUCUCUCGCGGAAGCUCCCAGCAGCACAGCAGCUACCUUUUUGUGCGAGAUGGAAAGGCUGAGGUGGCCGGUGCCCCAGCCGCUGCCCUGGAUGUCGAGUGUCAAGAAUCAAACCGCAACUAUGUCCUUCUCUCAUGGAAGCCACCCAGUGCAGAGGGUGGCAGUCAUGUGGUCGGUUACUACAUUGAGAGGUGUGAGUUGGGCACCAAGAACUGGGUGAAGUGUAACGACGCGCCCGUCCGCUUUACGCGCCACCCCGUCGUGACGGGCCUCACCGAGGGGAAGUCGUACCAGUACCGUGUGCGUGCCGUCAACAAGGCGGGCAUGGGCUCCCCGUCACGUCCCACCGAGCCCAUCCCCGCCGUCGACCCCGCCGACCUAGGUGAGCCGGCCGCUCCAACAGCUGGAGAAAUAACGGUACAGCAGGGCGAGCCAAAAGGCGCGGCUGUUCCAGCACCACCCAGGGAUGUGGUUGUGGUGGAAGCCAGCAGGAACUAUGCCGUCAUUGCGUGGAAGCCACCCAGCCAAGGAUCAGAGGGCCUGAAAUAUUUCGUCGAGAGGUUGGUGGGAGGCACCGACAGCUGGCAGCGCCUCAACGCGGACGUGCCCGCACGCUCCACGCGCUCCGCCGUCUUCGACCUCGCCGACGGCAAAUCCUACAGCUUCCGCGUGCUGGCGUCCAACGCGGGCGGAGUGAGCGAGCCAUCGCGGGCCACAGGGCCCAUUAAUGGAGGCACGACCGUCGCGCCGCCUUCCUCCCCGGGCCGGAUCCUCGCAUCCAGGAACUCGAAGACAUCGGUGGCCGUCUCGUGGGAAGCGUCCAAGCACUCGCAGGGCCUCAUCGGCUACUACAUCGAGUCCAGCCUCGUGGGCUCUGACCGCUGGGUGCCCUGCAACAACAAGCCGGUCAAGUACACACGGUUUGUGGUGCACGGGCUGGAGACGGGGCAGAAGUACGCCUUCCGCGUGCGUGCCGUGAACACUGCGGGCUUCAGCGACUUUUCCCAGGAGUCCGACCCUGUGACUGUGCUGCCACCUAUAGUGAGCCCAUCGCCUCCCCAUGGGAUUACGUUGCUCAACUCCCAAAAGGAUGGCAUGGUGCUGGGUUGGAAGGAGCCAACAUUCCUGGGAGGUGCCAGCGUGACGCACUACUACGUGGAUUACUGCGAAGUGGUGGCGGGCAAAGCUGGGGAAUGGAACGAGGCCAAAACGCAGUCUAUGGGAGAGCGGGUGUGCAAGAUCAGUGGACUGGAGGACAGCAAGGAAUACCAGUUCCGCAUACGAGCGGAGAACUUGGCGGGUGUGGGCGACGUCUCCAAGCCCAGCUCUGCCUUUCUAUUCAAGGAGUGGAACUUCCCAGAACCAGGCCCUCCCUUUGAUGUGGUGUUCACCGAAGUUCGAGCCAAGUCUAUCGUGGUGCUCUGGAAGGCCCCUCUCUACACGGGCAAGAGCCCCGUCACUGGGUUCAAUGUGGAAAUUACAGAGGACACUCUUGAGGAACACUGGCAGUUGGUCAACACCGACUUGGUGUCCAAAAGAUACUACAAGGUGAAAAACUUGGAGGAGGGCAAGGCCUAUCGGUUUAGAGUCAAUGCCGUGAACGCGUCAGGAGCUGGCAAGUAUUCAGUCCACUCAGACCCUGUGGUGGCAGCCACGCCAGUUGGAUCUAGGGAUGCACAGCUACAGAUUGAUGACGAUGGCAACAUAUACCUGGAGUAUACCUGUGAGGCUGCGACUGAAGCAUCCAGUUUCUCUUGGUCCAAGAAUUACCACGAGCUUCCAGAAAACAAAGUGACUCCAGAAACUCUCGGACAAACAACAAAGUUGUUCUUCAACAACCCUACAAUGGACGACCUAGGGAACUACUCCUGCGUGGUCACUGCGACAGACGGCUACGCAACAAGCUACAACCUCACGGAGGAAGAACUAAAGCGCGCUCUGGAGACAAGCCAAAAGCUGAAAUAUCCCACCAUACCCCUGAGGUCCGAGCUGGCUGUGGAGCUACUGGAGAAAGGGCAAGUGCGGUUGUGGAUGCAGGCACGGCAUCUGUCACCGACGUGUGAGCUGAAAUUCAUCGUCAAUCAAAGGGACGUUUCCAAAAACGAGAAGUACAAGAUUCAUGUGGACCGCAGCACGGGCAUGAUCGAGAUGAUUAUAGAUCAUCUUUCAGCUGUGGAUGAGGGCACUUACACUGUCCAGCUCAAGGAUGGGAAGGCGGCAAAACAAUCCAGCCUCGUUCUCAUCGGAGACGUUUUCAAGAAAUUGCUGGAAGCGGCUGAAUCGCAGAGGAAGGAGUGGCUGAGAAAGCAAGGUCCUCACUUUAUUGAAUAUCUGAGCUGGAACGUGAGCAAAGAUUGCCAAGUACAUUUAAAUUUCCAAAUUGCCAACUUCAAGAAGGAGACGACUGUUUUGUGGUUCAAGGACAGCAGUAUUCUAGCCGGUGCUCACACCGAAUUCAAAGACGGGCACGGCUCACUGCUCAUCCAAGAGUGUACCAAAAAGGACAUGGGGUUAUAUAAGGUGGAGGUGAAAGAUGAGAGAGGGACUGAUGCAAGUGUUUUGGAUAUUGCUGGUAAAGAACUUGAAGACCUGAUGUGCCAGAUGUGCAAGAUGAGUGCGCUCUCGGCCACACCGCUGCAGUUUGAAGCCACGGCCCAGGGCGUGAAGAUUCAUUCAUCCGUGGUGUAUUACUGCGAGGACCUCAAAGUCACCUGGUACCAAAAGGAAACGAAGCUGUCUUCAACAGAGAAGACCAUCAUUGGCGUGAGCGGAGAAAUGUUGUGGAUGCAUUUGAUCGCACCGACGGAGAAGGACAAAGGAAAGUACGUGUUGGAGCUACACGAUGGAAAGGAGGCCCACAAGUUUGCUGUGGACUUCUCUGGAGAAGUAUUUGAUGAAGUCAUGCGUUUAUAUCAAGCACUCAAGGAGGCUGCCUUCGCAGAGACACAUCGUGCCAGGGUGGUUGGAGGUUUGCCAGAUGUCGUUACAAUCAUGGAAGGAAAGACGCUGAACCUAACGUGCAACGUUGCUGGAGACCCAACGCCCGAGGUGUCGUGGCUAAAGAACGACCGGGAGCUGCCAAUCGACGACCAUCUGUCCGUCACGCUGGAGAGCGGUCAAUACGCCUCCAUAAUCGUGCGGAACAUCGCCAUGAUUGACUCGGGGAAAUACACCAUCUUCGUGAAGAACAAGUACGGCUCCGAGAGCUGCCAUUUCACUGUCAGCGUUUACAAUCAUGACCAGCCGCCACCCAGCGUCAAAGCGGCACCCGGUAGCGUCCAGGCGCCGCCCAGCAGCGCCAAGUCGCCGCCCGGCAGCGCCAAGUCGCCGCCCGGCAGCGCCAAGUCACCGCCCAGCAGCGCGAAGGCGCCGCCCAGCAGCGUCAAGGCGCCGCCCAGCAGCGUCAAGGCGCCGCCCAGCAGCGUCAAGGCGCCCGCGCACAAGAAGUGAGAGAGGCUGCCCAGCGGGUGGCAUUGUCCCCUGCGCGCACAAGCCGGCGCGCGCGCACAUAGCACGUAGAGAGAGGAACCCUGUUCCUUUUUUUUUCUUUUUCAAAUAUGCACACAUUUCACAAAGAAUCAACGAAAGUGCACAGCUUGGCAGCUGCAAGCAAGACCGUCGUUUUAAUCAGGCAGGAGAACAACUGCAAAUUAGGAUAGGAAUAUAAACCAAGCACAGAUUCUCAGACACAUUAUGGUAAACAUUGCGAGCGUACAGCAAAGCAGUAAGAGGCAGGUGAUGGCAUUUUCUGCUUCUGAAGGUCCCAAAAGAAUGUUAUCAGUCUAUGUUGCAUUUUUUAAAAAAGCCGCAUUUUGAAAGAGCCGCAUUGUUUGCUUGGCUAAUUGUAUAGGCACACCACACCUGUGUAAGGUGGGCAAUACAUAUUUUGGUCAAGGACUAAGUUCCUCAACAUUCAAAAACCAUAAUGAAAUGUGUACUUUACCAGUUGGUGAAUGUUAAUAAACAUAUAAUUGACAGUAACAAUAUGGACACAAACACCUAUUUAUACCGUUCAAAUAACGAAUCCUUGCUGGGUGCUAUAAAGACAUUGCAGCGUCAUACCAUUUGUGAGUCAAUUUGUGAUGUGUAUUGGAACAGGGCUCUUUCUGGCAUUUGUAUUGUGCAAGUAUGUGACAGGACUGUUGUUUAAUAGUGUUAGUUGAAGUUAAUACAGUGUGGACUUAUUUUUAUUUCCUCAGUAGAUGUAAUCGUAGUCUUUAACUUAGUGGCUAUAAGCAAUGAAACCUAAAUACCCUGAGAUGUCAAAUCAGAGUGUGUUCUAAACUUGAACUGCCUGGUGUUCUAUGGAAAUGAAGGUAGAUAUCACUUCCCUCAAUAGACAAAAACCCUGGUCCUAGACCUUGGUGUGUGUUCGGUAAUGAUUAGGGAGGCAGGCAAGCAAACAGGGUGAUAUACACCCAGAAAACAUAUCCAUUCAUAUCCCUUUUGUACCGAGGGUUAUGCCAGCCAGGUAUUUAUUUCAAUGGUUUUAGCAUUUAAUUAUUUGUCUCUUCCAUCAUCCUAGAUCUUUGCAGGUGUUACCAUUCUAAACCAUUCACUUGCAACUUGGUCAAGUAUUUCAUGCUAAUUUCAAAAGUUUUGAACUGUCUUACCGACAUGACCUGAAAUUCCCCAUCACCAUAAUCAGUGCUGUCAUUUCUCAAGUGCAGCCCUUGAACACGCCUCUUUGACAUCUACCAUUCCUCUUCAUGUGUAUGAUAAUGAGAUAGCAUUGAUUUUUCGAACACAUCUGUUAAUUAGCAGAUAAUGAAAACAGGAUGAAGGGGUGUCAUCGAGGGCGAGAAGUUAAUAAAUAUUUAAUUGGUAUACUAUUAUUUUACAAACCUGAGAACAUGAGUUUAUUUGACGAUGAAGGGUUAGAUUGAUAUAUUGACAAAAAAACAUUGCCCUGAUCCGUGUAGAAAUUGAUUUACGCACAUUUGCAGAAUUCAUGUUGUGCGGAAAUUCCUGCGAACUUCGUUCUGCCUAAUUCACGUAUGGGUUUUGGCACAGUUUGCCAUGUUGAAUAGGUGGAGCCCCAUUCUGCAAAAGUCUCACAGUUUAUCAGCAGCCAGGGGAGUGCUCAGGAGAAUGUAAAGCCAUCUGUGGCUCCACCCACCACUCCAAUCACUCACCGAAAUAACAGAUUCGUGUUAUUUACAGUCAUGUGAGGACAAGAUGAUGAUGAUGUUGAAGAUGGUGAUGGAAAUAAUAGUGAUGAUGAGGGUGAUAUCGAUGAUAGUUUUAACGUUAAUAAGAAUGAUAAGAUGAUGUAAA